AUGCAGCAGCUACCUACGCCAGAUACCUGCUCUCCAGCAGUCGAUGCGGCUCCUUUUCUCAGUCAGCGGCACAAGAGUCGGGGGCCCGGAAUUUUACAAGGCGCGAGAGCAGCAUCAGGUUCGGCCCCUUUCGGCUCCGCUCCCGAGAGGGCCUGUGGCGGAGCAAUUGCCUGUGCGGCAGCUACGGCAGCCACGGCCACUUACAGCGAGCGCUUGUACAGCGCCGGUACCUCCGAUGGGGCUGCCAGUACAGCGAAUACCCAGGCGCUCGGGCUGAGCAGAGACAACCACAACACCACUCAGACACAAACACACCCAGAGCAUCCGGGCCUCUGGGUCCGAAUUACUUGCUCCUCUCUCCUCUUUCCUCCUUCACCAUCCUCUCUCUUGUUUUUUGCCCAGCAGGCUUUCCCACAGAUGAGCCCCCCCGCCGCCCUCAUGACCAUGACAAUGCACCACCAGCUCAACGGGAGCUCCGGUUCAAACGGCGUCGUCAAGACCCGACGCUCGCACCGCAAAUCCAGGAACGGCUGCAGCGAGUGCAAGCGACGACACAUUCGAUGCGACGAGCGCCGCCCAGCCUGCACCAACUGCACCAUUGCUGAGCGCGCAUGCUCCUUUCCGCCCUCUCGCCAGAACCAGCUGUCGCCCCUACCGCAGCCGCCGCUGCCGCACAGCCCGGCCGAUUCGCAUCUCAGCCGCAAGUCGCAGCACUCGCCGUCCUCCUGCGAGCCGGAUCACCCGGGACCGUGGCCCGUCUAUGGCCAUGAGCCAUCGCCAACUUCUCCAGAGUCUGUCCUCAGCGCCGGCCGCGGCAGGUUCGCGCCGGCGCCCUCCACGGGGCCCCAGACCCUGCCGUCCUUUACCGAGUCCUUCACCAACACGGCAUACAACCCGCCUGUUCCUCCGGCGUCUCUCUUCACGGCCGAGCACAUGAUGCUCUUCCACCAUGUCUCUGAUGCAAUGGGCGACUGCAUCUUGGCCCGCGGCCAGAUCAAGAUUGUCCUGGACGUUGCUGUCAAGCAUCUGAUUGAUGCGCCCUAUCUGAUGGACCAGCUGCUGGCCUUGUCGGCGCUGCACGUGUCCUUGACCACCAAGCCCGGCGAGAGUCCGCUGCUUGGAAAUGCUGUAUCUUUUCGUCAUCAGGCCACCGAGCUGCAGACACGCGCUCUGUCGUCCUUUACCCGCAUCGCUUCUCUUGUUCCCGCGGAUGAUACGGCCACCUGUGUCCCGCGGUUCCUGUUUGCCAGUCUGCUGAGCACUCAAGUCCUGGCUGAGACGUUGUUGCAGCAUCAGCCACAGCCUCCUCCCUACCACCACGAUGUUAUGGGGGUCCAUGGUGGAGGAAAUGGCGGCAGCAAUGGCAGUGGUGGAGGUGUCGUUAGCUUCCACGGCUUUAUCGAGCGCAUGGUUGAGUGUAUCCACCUGCAUCGGGGCAUCCUUGCCCAAAUUCGCCCAACAUGGGAUUAUCUUAUGCAAUCUGAGCUCUAUCCUCUACUACGAAUCACCCAUGACGCCAACCUAGCAGCAAUAACUCUCAAGUCUGGCACAGAGUGUGUCUUUCUCCGCCAGAUGAUAGCAUCGACGCCAUCCUCCGCAGCGUCCCUAUAUAGAGACGCUUCACCCCGUCUCGACCAAGCCAGCGCCGACGCUUGCCGAAUCGCCAUUGAUUCUCUGCAAUGGGCAUUUGACAUGCACCGAGCUCUGCCUGAGCAAGACGUGCCUCAUGCCCCUUCUGCUUUCAUCGUCACGGUGGAGGCGGAAUACGUAGAUCUCCUCCGACAGCUUCUACCCGAAGCAUUGGUGAUUUUGGCGUACCUGGGUGUCUUGAUACAUCGCUGCCGCCGUUUCUGGACAUUUGGCAACGCAGGGGCAAACCUCAUCCGAGCCAUUGCCGGAUAUCUGGGCUCCCACUGGCGCGAUUCGCUGGCAUGGCCUCUAAAAGUGAUUGAAGAAGAGACUGAUUGAAAAAAAGAACAAGCAGAGAGAUGAAGUAACGAGAUAGAAGGGGAAGAAGUUUGACAACGCAAGAUGAAAAGAGGAAGACAUUCAUUUUCUUUUUCAUUUCUUGUGCAAUGAGCAUAUUCACAUGUAAGAAAGAGGAAGAAGAAUGAUGAUGGACAGUAGUAUACUGUCUUUUUAUAUAUGCAUUGCCAGAUAAUUUGCUUUGAUCUUUUUUAUUUCUUUUGUUAUAGCAAAGAAGGAAGGAGAAAAAUCGAUACAGGCAAAUGGGAUAUAUGGGUUAUUUUUUUUUUUUGUUCUUAUGAAUUCUUGAGAAGAAAGGAGGGGGGCAUAUGAGCAUGCAUGCAUCAAUGUUCUUACUUUCUUCUUUCUUUCUUUUUUGUAUAUUAGUUACCGUCUUUCACUUUUUGUUAUAUGGGCAUAUCUUUUACGGAGCGGACUGGGAUGUAUGAAGGGGGCGGCAAAGGGCAGUCAUGAUAGCAUACAAAGAUCGAUGAACUGGGUUGAACAUUAUUGGCAUAACUAGUAUGUGUAGCCUUUUCUAC